AUAAUGAGUGUAGCAAAUCAAAAACUAAAAAUGGUUCAGCAAGGAUUAUACAAAGUGUUUGGAGACGAUUCAAAGAAAGGGAGCCAUCAAAUGCACGACUUGUCUGGUUGAGUUUACCAAAUGAUAAUAUUCCAGAUGAUAAGAAAUUUCUAGACCUAACUUCUUGUAAAGUGAAAAAUCCUCAAACUCGAGAUCAGUUCAAUCU